AUGUCCGUCAUUUCUCUCUUCCUGGUGAGAUAUCGAGACCGGAAAAUUCAUAUUACGGAUUUGUGCCUCUCUCUACCAUGGGACGUGUCAAGCUGUAUAUAUAUUCCGAGAAAACGUCAGAUGAUGAACCCAGGUUUCUAGGAACUGAAUCAAUCUCAAAGCUCCUGUGUCACUGUGCCAGAGAAUCAACAUCUCCCAGAUAUCAGAAGAAAGCAGUUAGAAACUUUGUCAAAAUGAAUUCCAUUAGUAAAUCAUUUCAAGAGGAAUCCAAACCCAAAAAGGACACUCCUGCAGUGAAGGGCAUAUUGACUUUGUUUUUCUGUAUUGUGUAUGCAGCUGUAUUAUUCAUAAUGGCGGCGGUGUUGUCACGGGUGGCGUCAUCAUUUGGAAAAUCAGCUGCCAGUACCCCAGGGGUUCAAAUACAGAUGUGGGAAACGGACACUAAGAAACACAUGGACGUGCGACAGAACCGCCUCGCCCACACAAGAUGGGGACAGUAGUCUCCUUUCACCCCACAUGUUGGAUAGGGCAGAUUGUAUGUGAUGAAGACGCUGUGAGGAGCACUUGUGUGUCACAAGGGAGGUGACUCUAAUUAUGAUCCCUUGAAGGGCAGAUAACUCAACACAGAAGGCCAAGGGGCAUCUCAGGGAUUGAAUCUGUUGUUCGUUGGGACAAACUGUGCUUCUCAGAGACGUUAUUUGUGCUUAUAUCUUUUGCAGUUGUGAAAUUGACUUUUUUGCUUUCAUGUGACAGUGGCAUUUAUGAUGAAACUGAGAGAGAAAGAAGGAUGAAUGAGAGUGCUUGUGUACUGAACAGUUGUGAAUGGGCAUUGUUUGACUAUUAAGUUGUUUUCCAAGAGGACAGCCUGUGAUACUGAAAUUAUGAUCGAAAAACAGUGCUCAAGGUAGUGUAGUACAUCUCACUACAAGUUCGAAAUCAUUUCAUGCAUUUUUUAUAACUUUGCGAAUGCUCAGUUAUACAUUUAAAUCUAAAGUACAGUUCGCAGUGAAUUUGUGAACCUGAUCUGUGAUCUCAUUAUGGCUGCUAUGGGACCUUUUCUUCAGAGAUGAAGUAAUCAUUGUGCCGUACACUAACGAAGUUGUACAUAGGUAAUGCAGUAUUUUUAUAUGCAUUUUCCAAAUUGCUUUAACCAAAUGUGUCAAACUUCAAUCACCGUCAAAUAUUUAAAUUUCCAAAUUUGAUAAUACAUGAACUACCUGUAUUUUAAAAAAGAAUUGUUCAUACUCUUUGGUAGUCAUAGAACAUGGUGGUUCACUAGGAACCACUGAAAACGGACCUGGUACAAUGUCAUUAAAAUGAAUCUACUGCAGCUGUCAUAAAAUGUAUGAAAUAAAACAUAAGAUAUA